AUCCACUGACACCAACUCAUGAUUCGCUGAGCGGCGAUUUGAAAUUGUCGGUUUGGCGUUCCCGCUCAGAUAUAGCUUUCGAACAUUCACUCCGUUAAUCUGGGUCCUUCGUUGUUUUUGUUUCAAGAGGAUCCGACGGUCCGAGCUCACUCCCUCCAUCGAUUCACAACCAACGGCCAUCCCUCCCAGCGACACCGUGUCGUCAUCCCACCGAUUUCCGAAGUUUCGAUUCGCGAUGCGGGAUGCAAAAUACACCGACAUUUAUUUAUUUUGUUUGGGCAGCAGUCAUUUAUGCGAGCUGAGAAUGUUGAACCGUCAUCUGCCCUCCCUUGUUGCCACGUGGCAGCAGCAAGCAAGACUGCAACAGAGCCUGUAGCUGAGAGGGGUGCAGCUGCAGCAGCAGCAGCUGCAACGCAUUCUGCUACUAGGGAGAGUUUUCGGGGUGGGCUCGGCACUUACUGCAGCUUCACAUCCCCUGGCUGUGCAUGGCGGUGGUAAGUGAGGUAAGCUGAAGGCGUGGGGGAGGGGAUGGCGGUGGGUGGGGCAGGGUGGAAGAUGGCAUG